AUGAUGAAGCGCCACCUGUUGCUGGUAAGGGAGGCGGAGAAGCAAAGAGAGAAUAUACGACGCUGGUUGUCACCCGAUGGUAUCGGCCACCGGAACUUCUCCUCCAAUUACGUCGCUAUACCACGGCGAUUGACCUUUGGGGUGCUGGGUAAGAUCAGCCCUUCUUACCCUAACGUGUCAAUAGUAGACAUACAGAAUGCUAAUUAUCGAGACAGAUGUGUUUUCGGCGAAAUGUUCAAGGGGAAGCCUAUUCUCGCCGGAACCAGUGAUCUUAAUCAGGCACAGCUUAUAUUCAACCUUGUGGGCUCCCCCACGGAGGAAAACAUGCCAGGAUGGAGUUCGCUACCAGGAGCAGAGCCCAUACGGUCUUUUGGCUUCAAGCGCCCAACACUUGCCACCGUUUUUCAUGAGUAA